ACCGGAGUGUACUCCAGCAGCGCUAAGGUUCCGCUUCCUUCCGAUCUUAAAGCCAGCUACAUUUUCUGUGUGGCCAUUCUGGGCCAUGGAUACAACCUCAAGCAGCCGCAAGAUCUGUUUAUUGACACCAAGCUAAUAAAGUCUGUAACCUGGUUAAAGUAACAGAGGCCAGAUUGGGUACAGAAUUGGAGUCAGGCGUGUUGCCCGGUGAAUGCAUAGAGUCAAGAAGGUCAAACUUUGCGACAAUAAAGAGGGCAUUUGGAAAAGCUGUGUGACCGUGAGGAUGACGGCUGUGGACGGCCUUUCGGACAGCACAGAGGUGGUGGAGAUGGAGGAUGUCCCGUCUCAGUUCUUUGUAGAGAAACACUCUUGGGAGGGUCUCCGUGAUAUCAUCCACUGUAGCAGGAAGUACUCGGGUAUGAUCGCCAACAAGGCUCCCCAUGACUUCCAGUUUGUGCAGAAAAAGGAUGAGAAUGGACCCCACUCCCACCGGUUGUACUACCUCGGAAUGCCUUAUGGAAGCAGAGAAAACUCAUUACUCUACUCAGAAAUCCCCAAGAAGAUUCGGAAAGAGGCCCUCUUAGUGUUGUCAUGGAAACAGAUGCUGGAUCACUUCCAGGCUACACCACACCAGGGGGCCUACUCACGAGAGGAAGAACUGCUGAGGGAGCGCAAACGUUUGGGAGCAUUUGGUAUCACUUCCUAUGACUACCAUUCUCGGACAGGCCUGUUCCUCUUCCAGGCCAGCAAUAGCCUCUUCUACUGUCAAGACGGAGGCAACAAUGGCUUCAUCCAGUCUGCUCCUGUAAAGCCUGUGGAGAUCAAGACCCAGUGCUCAGGGACCCGAAUGGACCCCAAGAUCUGUCCUGGAGACCCCAACUUCAUAGCCUUCAUCAACAACAACGACUUGUGGAUAGCAAACAUUAAGACAUGUGAAGAAAGGAGGCUCACGUACUGCCAUAAAGGUGUAGAUAAUGUUAAGGAAGACCCCAAGUCUGCAGGUGUAGCAACAUUUGUCAUUCAGGAAGAGUUUGACCGUUUCACUGGUUACUGGUGGAGUCCUUCAGCAGUAGAAGACCCCAGUGGAGGUAAAACAGUGUACCUCCUGUAUGAAGAGGUGGAUGAGACAGAAGUAGAAAUUAUUCAUGUUCCAUCUCCAGCACUGGAGGAGCGGAAAGCAGACGCAUACAGAUAUCCCCGAACAGGUAGCAAAAAUCCCCAGGCUACCCUUAAACUGGCAGAGAUCAAGACAGAUCAUCAAGGAAGGAUCGUGAGCACACAAGAUAAAGAGCUCGUCGUUCCCUUCACCUCUUUGUUUCCUGGGACAGAAUACAUCGCCAGAGUAGGAUGGACAAGUGACGGCAAAUUUGGCUGGGCAGUGCUGUUGGAUCGCAGUCAGAGGAAACUCCAGCUUGUUUUGCUGCCGCCAGCUCUCUUCAUCCCUGUGACAGAUGACCCAGCUCUGAGACAGGAGAGUCUGGAGGCCGUGCCCAGCAACACACAGCCCUACAUAAUCUACGAAGAGACAACAGAUGUCUGGAUAAAUGUUCAUGAUAUUUUCUAUCCCUUUAUUCAAACAACAGAAGAUGAAUUUACUUUCAUUUGGGUAAAUGAGUCUAAAACAGGUUUCAGCCAUCUGUAUAAAAUCACAUCUCUGUUACAACCGGGCUGCUGCCACUGGACAGAGGAUUAUCAGCAUGUAGAAGGAGACUUCAAAUGUGCAAUCAAAGAGGAGGUUACACUGACCAGUGGAGAAUGGGAAGUGCUGGCAAGACAUGGUUCCAAGAUCUGGGUGAAUGAGGCGACAAAGCUGGUGUACUUCCAGGGCACCAGGGACACUCCUCUGGAGCAUCACCUCUACGUGGUCAGCUGCGAGUCACCCGGAGAUGUGGUCAGACUAACCAAGCCUGGCUUCUCUCAUAGCUGCUCUGUUAGUCAGAACUUUGACUUUUUCGUCAGCCACUACAGUAAUGUGAGUACGCCUCCCUGUGUUCAUGUCUACAAGCUGACCAGCUCAGAAGGUGACCCGUUACACAUGGUACCCGAGUUCUGGGCCAGCAUGAUGGAAUCACCAGGUUGCCCGGGAGAUUACAAUCCACCUGAGAUUUUUGACUUUCCAGGAAAGUCAGGCUUCCAACUUUAUGGGAUGGUUUACAAGCCUCACAAUCUGCAGCCUGGCAGGAAACACCCGACUGUUCUCUUCGUGUAUGGAGGCCCACAGGUGCAGCUGGUUAACAACUCUUUCAAGGGGAUGAAGUACCUCCGUCUGAACACGCUGGCCUCUCUCGGCUACGCUGUGGUCGUCAUUGAUGGGAGGGGUUCCUGCCAGAGGGGCCUUGAAUUUGAAGGAGCUCUGAAAAACAAAAUGGGUCAGGUGGAGAUUGAAGACCAGGUGGAGGGGCUGCAGUAUGUGGCAGAGAAGUUUAACUUCGUGGAUCUGAGCCGUGUUGCCAUUCAUGGCUGGUCCUACGGUGGUUUCCUCUCUCUCAUGGGCCUCAUCCAGCGGCCCAACAUCUUCAAGCUGGCUAUUGCAGGUGCCCCGGUGACGGUGUGGAUGGCCUACGACACGGGCUACACAGAGCGCUACAUGGAUGUGCCUGAGAACAACCAGCAGGGCUACGAGGAAGGAUCUGUGGCUCUGCACGUAGACAAGCUGCCCAGCGAGCCCAACCGUUUGCUUAUUCUCCAUGGAUUUCUAGAUGAGAAUGUGCACUUUUUCCACACUAAUUUCCUAGUGUCUCAGAUAAUCCGUGCUGGGAAGCCGUACCAGCUUCAGGUCUACCCCAACGAGCGGCACAGUAUUCGCUGCCCUGAGUCCGGAGAGCACUACGAGAUAAUGCUGCUGCACUUUCUACAACAAUACCUCUGAAACGAGACAACAGGGGAGAAGCGAAGUCUAGUUCCCCUCUGUCCUCCUUGACCCCUCCAACUGUCCGCCCAUCUUUACCCUCCCAUAACUCCCCCUCCGUCAAUCCCGAACCGUCUCCAACUGUUCGCUCCGUCAUCGAGAACCACAAGACACUCAGCAAAAACCACAGGCCACUCUUUCCUAUGAACUCUCACUUCUCCACUUCUUCUUUUGCUCUGUCUGUCUUGUUCCGUCACUUGCUACUCGCUCUGUCUCCUCCAUCCCCUCCCCACCCACCCCCCCCGUGUACAGUCUGGGGUAUGGUUUACGAGCACAGAGAUUUGGUGUCUCACCCUGAAAGCUGAACAAAGACAAGGACAUAUGGAGAAAUAUUUGCAGGCUGUGUCACAUUGACUCAUCGCUCACCCACGUCCUCAUCUCCACAACUAUAAUGGGUUUUUUGCCAAAUGUUAUCGUGUUGUUUAGUCCCCCCCCACCUGUUUUAUUCGUUUCAGUCAGUGGUAGGAACGGGGUUACAGUUCACGGAUAAGAAAUGGAAUCUAUACACCCAUUUGCAGACAUGAGCUCUCGCACUACAUAUGUAAAAUAGUGUUUAUCUCAUGCAUCCACACGGACACGACCACACGCGCACAGAAUGGCAGUAUCCAUACAUACUGUACCUUGCAGUUUGUGUAUUAAUGAAGAAAGGAAGAAAGUCACGGCUCUUCCUCUGUCCACUCGUUUUAAGUGUGUUGUUUAAAGUAAAAUAUUUUUAUGGAUUUUAUUCAUUUUUUUAAUGAGCACCAAUGGAAGCCGCUCAUUGACAUUUUUGCGCCGUUUUUCUCCCCUCACAUCACUUCGCUCAAGAUGUCUGCUUGCCUUCUUAACACAUAAUUUAUAUUUGCCAAAGUACCUCUUGACUCUUGAUCAUGCUGGUAUUUCCUUUUUUUACUGCAAUAAAGGCAACAGGAGGGUGAGCACUGGAGUCUUACAACAGCUUUGUACCACCGAAUUACAAUUUGUACAUGAUACUGAAUAAAUGUAUGAAUCAAUCACA